GCAAUAUUUUUUAGUCGUUUGUCGGCGGGUUUUAAGUGCGCACAUAAGACGCGCUUCAGUCUGUCUGCAAAGCAUUCAACAAGUUCGCCUGAAAACUCCCCCAAGUCAAGUCGUCGAGUCGCGAGUGCCUGAGUGCAAAAAGCACCCAAGAUAUCCCAACUUGUACAGUUGUUUGUGUGAAAUGAUCCCGAGAUCCGUGGCCUAUUUGGCAGUGCUCUCCUGCUUACUGCUGACUCAUCGUUGCGCCCAAGGUCAGUCGACUAAAGUGUCAUCCAAGCUGGAUUUCGAUGACAUGGAAAGCGGCAGCAACAGCAACAACCAGACUGGUGUGCCAGUUAUAAUCGGACAGGGACAGGGCCAGGGCCAGGGGCAGGGGCAGGGACAGGGGCAGGGACAACAGGGCAGCAGCGGCUAUGAUCCGAGCACCGGACGUGGCGGCGGAGGCAACAGUGGCAAUCGGCCAAAGAUACACGGCGUGCGUGUUACAGUCGACACGGGCGAUGGACAGCAGCAAACGAAAGAGUCCAAGGAGAGCGUCGAAAUAACGGACUUGGGUAAACACAAGAAACGUGUGGGCAUCCACACAGACAUCACGUUCGAGAUUACGGCUGAGGGUGACGCAAAUGAGACGAGCUCUGCUCAGCAGCCGGGCGAGAAGGAGGAUGCCAGCGUGCCCAUUUACAAGGGUCGUUCGAACCAUCGCGACUCCAAGCACAAGUCCCGGAAUCCCAGUGAUCCCAAGGCUCAGUGGAAUCCCAACUACUCCAGCGAGCAUCGCGGCUACGAGGGCAGCAACCGCGGCGGCUCCAGAUCCAGCCCGGGCGGCUACUAUCCCCAGUAUUAUCCGCAGCAUGUCUACACGACCGGCGAUGAUAGCAGCGGCGGCAUUUACCGCAACGGCGAGACCUGGACGCACUACGUCCCAGUCUGGACUACGGAACGUUCGCCCCAUGAGCAGAGUCAGCUGCAGCGACAGCCCAGCUGGAAGCCCUGCUACUGCAUGUCGUCCUAUGGCAACGACUAUCGCAGCCGUCGCGAUAGCAAGAUCAGCAGCAAAGGGGAUUUCCCCAGCAGGGGAGUGGUCAAAAGUCGUCCAGUGCACAUCGAUGGCAAGUUGGAGCGACCCUUCUCCUGAAAAGUUCAAUUUGAAGAUAUUCACAAUGCUCAAGUUGUUAACAGAA